AUGGCUGAAAAACCGAGGCCCGAUCCAGUUAUUCCGGAUUCAGUACCUGCAGUGAUUAUUCCAAAUAAAUUAGGUUAUGAAUCCGGCAUUGCUUUGUCGUGGGCUGGAAAUGCAACAUUUGGUAUAUUUCCAAGCCAACAAGUUAAUGCACAUUGUCAAGAUGUUAAAAGUCAAUAUGCUAAUAAUCCUGAUUAUAAAGAUGUAGUUCAUCACGUUAGAUCAGAUUCUGUUUUAUUCGAUCCAAUUUCUCGAAAGUUAGUUAAUGAGUCAAAUGGUUAUUUUAUAUUUGCUCAAAAAUUGCUUGAAAAAGUCGAUUCAACUGAUUUUUCUUUAGAAAUAUUAAAAUUAAGUCGACAAUACAGAAGCGUUUUAAGGGCAUGUUUGGAAGAUUUUCAGUCAGCAUCUUCAACGAGUCAAGGAAGCAAAAAAGCAUUUUACUUACAAAAUAUUCCAACAUUUUAUAACAUGGAAUUAAUAUGGCAUCUUUGUGAAAUAUUAUUUUUAGAUAUUAUUCCUGGUGAUGUUGUACUUUCUCAUUUGAUAACAUGGAUAAGAUUUCAUGUGCCGCAGGUUGAAAAAGAAGCCAAUAAAUUUUUAUUAGAAGAAAAAGCAUAUUCUGAUUUUGUUAAACAAUAUUGGAUUGUAGUAAUCGAUUGUCUACUUCAAAGAAGAAUUGAUACAGUUCGAUCGUUAUUAAAAAUAAAUCCCGACUUCGAAUCUGAGCCUUUUAAAAUUGUCGACACCAUACUUAGAACUAUGCCUAUAUUCGAACUUUAUGGAGGAUUAACAAUUUCUGAAUUUCAAGUUAGGCAUGAAUGUUGGAAAAGGGAAGCAAAGAGAAUAUUAAUUGAUGGAAAAUUUAGCUCUCAUAAAUAUUUAACCAUGAUUGUUAAGAUAUUAAUAGGAGAUGAAACAGUUCAAGAUAUUAUAAUGAAACAUUGUGAAACUUGGUAUCAGCACAUGGUUGCCAGUUUAAUAUAUACUGAACCAACAGUUAAAAUAUUUGAUUUGGCAUUUUAUGCUAAUCAAAGUAUAACAAGAUAUGGAGGUCCUAAUUGCAUAAAACAACUUGAUUUGAUUUUAUGUGCCAUAAUGGAAGUUGAUGCUUUUAAAGUAAUUGAAAGGCUUCAAGACUGGACAGAAAAAAAUUGGCUUCCGACUCAUUUAACCAAUUUACUUUACAUAGGAGAUAAAUUAAACAUUUCCAGUACUCAAUCAAGCAAUUUUGCUAAUUCUCUUCAUGAAAAUUUACUUUUGGAUUAUGGAACAUUAUUGAUGUCUCAUAAAUCUCUUUGGCAAGCUGGCGUUGAUUAUUUAGAUUAUUGCAGAGUUGAAGGGAGAGCAACAUUGGAAACUUUACUUUCGAGAGUUCCAUUUAAAACAAAUGCAAAGGCAUUAAAAAUAAUUUAUAUUGCCAGAGAAAGAGAUUUAGAAGAAGUUGUUUACAAUGUUAGUAAAGUACAAGGAAUGAGAUGUUUGAGCAGAGGUGACAUUGGUGGAGCUUUAACUUGGGCAAUGAAAUGUCAGGAUCCAGUUUUGUCAUCUCAAUUAGCUGACAUUUAUUUGAAAAAAUACAUAAAAGAUGGAAAGUUUGAAUCGGAAGAUUUACUUCAGAAUUUAGGAUCUGGUAUAUUAUUAAGUGAUAGGCUUGCAUUUUUAGGAAGGUAUAGUGAAUUCUGUCAGAUGCUUAAAAAUGGAGAUCAAAAAGAAGCAGGUGCUCUUCUUAUUUACAUGUUGGUCAAUAAAGUUCCCCCCAAAUUCUUUUGGUUAACUUUACUUAUGGAUGCAGUCCCGUUAUUAGAAAAAAAUAAAAAUUUGUUUUCAAGUCAAGACAUUUAUGAUUUAAUGUCAUGCUUACAAGAAUUGUCUGAUAAUUAUUCAAAUUCAAAUGUUCCAACAGUCAUAGAUAAAUUAAAAGACAUAAGAAGUUGUCUUGCGAGAAAUUUAGCUGAAGCUCUUAUACGUGAAGGAACCAAAGGAAGCGCCACCAAUAAACUUUUACAAAUCACUGCAAUCUAA